AUGGAUUACUGUGGAACCCAAGACCUGGAUGAUGCUAACCGUUCCAUGAAGAUUACUAGCCGUGUACUAAUUAAGGAUCCUCUCGGAAAUUUCGAGGAUGAUUCUUUUUCUGAUGAAGAAAUCGAUCGAAAUCGCAAUUCUGAAAUUGUUGUUAAUCGAGAAGUAUUAGAGCGAUUUCCUACCAGCGGAGACUUACUAAAGGACUUCUUGCCGCAGAUUUUAAUCGAAAAAUAUAAUAAACCAUGUUUGGAAUUAAUACCUUAUACUCCGCAAUCACAAUUUAUCCAUAAUGUCCUAAAGCAAACACAAGCGAGUACGAGCACUGCCCAAAAAAUGAGUUUAGAAGAUUGUAACGAAUUUUAUACUCCUACAAUUGAUGAUAAAGAACCUAAUUCGGAACGUGAUGUGCUUGUUGGGGGUGAUGAAGAACUUGAUGACUACGACGAUCUAAUUGAUGCCGAUUAUAUGGAUUUUACCUGA